GCGUCUCCAUACACCUGAGAGCCUCAUUUCAUCCUUUGCUGCAGAUCGGUCGGGAGCCGCGGCGCGCUGACCUCCGGAAUUAUGGGGCGUUGCAGAGGGUUCCUGGUCUGCGUUUGGCUGCUUUUGCUGAAUUCCGUCGCCGGGGCGGACGUUCCUUCGCUGGCGAAUAAUAAUUUUAUCCGGAUAAAUCCCACGCAGACGACGGUGGUCCUGGAGCAGCCGUACUGCGCGCAGCAGCAGUCAGAGCGAGUGUAUCUGUACGUGGUGCAGACCGGCGGAACGAACGCGACUGUCACGAUCGGCGGGAAGAUUCUCCGCACCUCGUACCGCGAGUCGGACGGCGGGAAGCUCAGCCCCUACCUGGCGGCCGCGUUUCCCUACCCCGGCUGUGCAAACUUCCCCAACUUCACGCAAUCGUCGAGCGCGAUUCUGGUCCAGGACAUCUUGGAUCGAUCCAUCGUCCGGGUCGGGGCCGACUUCUCCUGCCUCGACGACCCCAACGUCUCCGGAACGUGCAACGCGCCCCUCAGGAACAGCACCGCGUACCGGUUUAAAUACGUUUUCACAGAUUUAAGCGAUGUCUUCAAGGCUGAAACCAAGUGGUCGCCUGCAAUCACAACAAACAAAGCCAAAGACCCUUCGUCCAUCGACACUUGGCCCGGCAGGAGGAGCGGCGGGAUGAUCGUCCUCACUUCCAUCCUCAGCGUGCUCGUCUUCUUCAUCCUCCUCGGUCUCGUCGCCGCCAUCGCUUCCGGACUGCUGGGCUCCUCGUCGUCCGGCAUGGAAGCCACGAGACACGAAUCCCGGACCACCCACAAGCCCCAGAUGAAGGCCCAGAGCGCGGCGGAGCCGACGUACGCCACCACCCUGCCGUCCGACGAGCGAGUGCAGUACGUGGCCCACCCGGAGAGCUGAGCCCGACGGCCGCGCCGCUCGCAAGUUCUGGAGUGAA